GACGACGAUCUGUUCCCGCACGUGGACGGGAGGAUUCCGGGGCCGCACCAUACCCAUCAUGUCGCUGGAGUAUCCGCCGUGGCAGAUUUACAAGAGGGACAGCCGAGGCGUCGUUUACGAGUAUACUGGGCUGAUAUUGAGGUCGUCAACGAGCUAGCCCAAAAGCUGAACUUCUCAUACGUCGUUCGGGCACCCCGUGACGGUCUGUGGGGGAUCGAGGAGUCGCCCGGCCGCUGGAACGGUAUGAUCGGGGAGAUCCUGGAGGGCCGCGCGCUGAUGGCGGCAGGUGCCUUCACCGUGAACGCACAGCGGCAGAGCGUCAUCAACUACACCGUGUUCAUCGACCGUCAGCCGUACAAUCUGCUGACCAGAAGGCCGGAUCACCUGACCAGGGCGCUGCUCUUCCUGCAGCCCUUCGCCGCCGACACCUGGUGGUGCAUUUUCACUGCGGUGCUGCUGGCUGGACCUGUGCUCUGGCUGAUCAACCGUAACAGCUACUACUACCGCUACUACAAUAUCUCCAGCACCAAGGACUUCUUCAACCUCAAGUACUGCUCGUGGUACGCGUACGGCGCCAUCCUGCAGCAAGGCGGUCCACGGCUGCCUAAGGCCGACUCGGGCCGGUUCGUCGUUGGCGUCUGGUGGCUGUUCGUCCUGGUGGUGGUGACCACCUACUCCGGUAAUCUGGUGGCCGUGCUGACCUUCCCCCGGAUCAACAACCUCAUCAACAGCCUGGACGACCUGCUGGCCUUCCAGGACGACGUCACCUGGGGCAUCCAGGGCGGCACCGCCAUCGAAAACUACUUCAGGGAAUCCACGGAGCCCAAAUUCCGUAAGAUUUUCGAGGGCGCCAAGAUUCACAAGGAGGACACGGACGGCGACAUUUUGUCGAUGGUGCGCUACGAGCAGCACAUCUACAUAGAGUGGAAGACGAACCUGCUGUUCCUGAUGAAGGAGGAGUUUCGACGCACCGACCGCUGCUUCUACUCGCUGGGCAAGGAGAACUUCUUCGAGGAAUACGUGGCCAUGGUGGUGCCGCCCGACAGUCCCUACCUCAACAAGUUCAACAAAGAGAUAUCAAAGAUGCUGAAGGCCGGUUUCAUCCAGAAGUGGAAGGCCGAUUUCUGGCCCUCCCAAGACCGGUGCUCGUCCACGGCUUACGGAGGAGCGGGACGCCAGAAAAAGGUUGACUUGGAGGACAUGCAAGGCUCAUUCUAUCUCCUACUGCUAGGUCUGUUCAUCGGUCUGUCGUCGCUGCUGAUGGAGUGCUGCUACCGUAACACCGAGUUCCGUCGGCCGCAGCACUCGGCGCGCGAGGUGGUCAUCCAGCAGACGUUUCUCGAAUGAAGCUCCAAACUCAGAGACGUCGGGUGAUCGCCGUAUCGCGGACCCCUCCCCCGCCCCCUUCCCUAACCGUAUCCCGACUGACGAUGUCUAGGGAAGUCUUCGAUGUCAGACGGGGUAGCGGCUAGGUUGAGCUCGGGCGCAGGUGCUGCUUUUUUCGUAUGCGCACUUUCACUAGCUAUGACUCACGCCACAUUGUGCUGGUGUUCGCGUUCAGCACCUCCAUCUUAUGAUGUUACAUCUUUCCCGCGUUCGCGACGAUCACACGACGUUUCUGAGGGGGAGCAAACUGACAGGCAACAGGUGAAUUAGAGCAAAGCGACUUAUAAUGUUCACAUAUCAUGUUCAUUGUUCACGUCUGUUCACAGCCCUAAAUGUGUAGCAUAAAUGUGAUAACUUGGCAAUAUCUUUGCAAUAAAUGCCUCAAUUUA